AUGGAAAUCCGUUCAUUACUUAUAUCAUCUCAAAACGGUCUUCUUGAAAAUGAAUUAUGUCGAGAUUAUUCUUUAUUUAAUAGUCAACGUUCAUUACCUUAUCAAACUUUUGGUUAUUUAACAGUAACAGAUUUUCUUAAUUCAUUAAAUGAUAUUUUAUAUCGGUCACCAGAUGGAUAUAUUCAUCCUAUAGUUGAUCAAUCAACUAAACAUAUUUUUAAACUUGUUCAACAACAACGAACAAAGAAAAAAACGACAAAGACAAAAAUCAAACAACAAGAAUAUAAACAUAUUCAACAAUCAAAAGCAAUAAUUACUUGUAAUAAACAGAAGAGAGCUGUUCCAUCGAUAAUUACUUCGUCUCAACAAAUGUAUCGUGCAGAUGACAUCAUCAAGCCUUCGCCGAUGGUGAAACAGAUGAAAAUAAUGUAUGAAAACAAGGUUAAAAAAGAGGCACAAUCAUUUGUUCGAUUAAAAUCAACAAUUAAAGAUGCUGCUCCAAAAUUUGAACAAAUUAAACUUACAAAUGAUUUUUUACGAAAUCUUCUUAUUCAUUUUCAACGACAACAACAAUAA